AUGACAUCCAUGGCAGCAACUGGCACGGUCAGAUUGCACCUCCCUGAGGGUUUGUGCAGGAAGAAGAAUGGUUUGAAGGUGAGUUUUGGCCCUUUUGGGUCUUUCGACGCGUCGAAGGCGAAUUUCCCGCGGCGGAGACUAUCUGUGACGGCGCACCAGAGCCACCAAGGGGUGGAUAUGAUCAAUGGGAAAAGGGUGAAUGGGAUUUUUGUGAAGGAGGAGGAAGAGGAUCCACACAAGGCCGGACAAAGGACUAUUGCACCGUUGAGUAAUGCAAAUGUUCAGACUUAUGAGAUUGGAAGGUUUGUGGAGGAUAGGUUCGUUUAUAGGCAGACUUUUGUUAUUAGGUCCUAUGAGAUUGGGCCUGAUGAAACUGCUACCAUGGAAACUCUCAUGAACCUCCUUCAGGAGACGGCUUUGAACCAUGUGAAGAGCUCUGGGCUGGCUGGGAGCGGAUUUGGGGCGACCCGUGAGAUGAGCCUAAGGAAACUUAUUUGGGUCGUCACCCGCAUUCACAUUCAAGUAGAAAAAUAUAGCUCUUGGGGAGAUGUUGUGGAGGUUGACACUUGGGUUGAUGCAGCAGGCAAAAAUGGAAUGCGCAGGGACUGGCUCAUCAGGGACUACAAAACCCAGAGGAUCAUCACAAGAGCCACAAGCACCUGGGUAAUCAUGAACAGAGAAACAAGAAGGCUGUCAAAGAUUCCAGAGCAAGUAAGAGCGGAGCUGAAACCCUUUUACUUUAACAGAGUUGUGAUUCCCACAACAGAAAAGUUAGACUCAAAAAUUGACAAGCUCAAUGAUGAAACGGCUCAGAUAAUCCAAUCUGGUUUAGCUCCAAGGUGGAGUGACAUGGACGCCAACCAACAUGUGAACAAUGUGAAGUACAUUGGAUGGAUUUUGGAGAGUGUGCCAAUGGAAGUGCUGGAAAAUUACAAUAUGACAAGUAUGACCCUGGAGUACCGCCGCGAAUGCCAGCAAUCCAAUUUGCUGGAGUCCUUGACGGCUAUGAAACCCGGCAGCUUUUCCGGAGAAGAUCCGAACCCGAGCAUUACUACUCCAAGGGCAGAUUUGGAAAGCACGCACCUGCUCCGUUUGCAAAAUGGUAGCGGGGAGAUAGUCCGGGCAAGAUCCGAAUGGCAACCCAAACGGGUCUCUUAG